AAUAAUGAUGAUGGUUAUUUUAACCACCUCAAUUUUUGUCUUGGUUUUUGUGGUUAUCUUUGUACGAGGCUUGAGAACACCUGGUAAAAGGUGCGCAGUUGUCGUUGUGCAAGGAGAUAUCGGCAGAAGUCCGAGAAUGCAAUAUCACGCCCUGUCACUGCUGAAUCGGGGUUAUAAAGUCACCUUUUUGGGUUACGAUGAAAGUCCUCUCAUACCAGAAUUACUCAAAUUCAAAACAUUGAAAGUAAUUGGUCUGACAGUUCCAAGGUGCAAGUUAUCGUCCAAAUUGUUUUACUUGACCAAAGCAAUUGAGCAGACAAUGUAUCUGAUGGUUGCAUUCUGCAAAUGCGACCGACCGUCGUUAGUACUGCUGCAGAAUCCGCCCUGCAUCCCAACUAUGGCAGUCAGUGUUUUGUUCAGAUUUCUAUGGGGAUGUGUACUGGUUUUCGAUUGGCAUAACUACGCGCACACUAUCCUCGCACUAUCACUUAAGUCAAACUCUGGUCUACUUCUUAAGUUAAGCAAAAUAUACGAAAUGUUCUUUUCUCAAUUCUCUGACUUCAAUUUCUGCGUUUCGAAAGCCAUGCAGAAAGACUUGAACUCAAAUUGGAGCGUCCAUUCGACAGUUUUGUACGACAAAGCUCCAAGGAGAUUCAAAGAACUGAAUGAAACAGAGAGAGGUGAAUUUCUAUCUAAAACAAAUUACUUCACUGACAUGGACUUAAGAUCACUUCUGAUUGGAAACAGACAGGAUGCAAUAUUACUAGUGAGUUCGACAAGCUGGACACCAGACGAAGACUUUGGAAUUCUGCUUGACGCUCUAGUAAAGUACAACUCAAUGUGUGAUCAACAAAAUUACAAAGGCAGCGUGAUAAAUUAUCCCAAAAUUGUUUGUGCAAUUACAGGCAAAGGUCCUUUGAAAGAAUUCUACAAAUCGACGAUUGACAAUCUGAAAUUGCAGUAUGUGACUAUUUGUACACCUUGGCUGGAAGCGGAAGACUAUCCGAAGUUAAUCGGAAGUGCCGAUCUGGGUAUAUGCCUUCAUACUUCAUCCAGUGGUCUAGAUCUGCCAAUGAAAGUAGUGGACAUGUUCGGGUGCAAUCUGCCUGUGUGUGCUGUGAAGUACCACUGCAUUGGGGAAUUGGUCGAGCAUGAAGUGACGGGAUUGCACUUUGAGGACGCCAAGGAACUCUAUGAUCAAUUAGAACGAAUAGUAAGUGAAAUCGGGAAUACCAAUGGAAUUCUGGAACGAAUGAGGGGUAAUUUGAGGAAGAAUAACCAUUUGAGAUGGGACGAAGAAUGGGACGAAAAAGCGUGGCCUAUUCUGAAGAGCGCUGACUGAUCUAAAGAACUCACAAAUAACACAAGACAACCGAAUUUGCUACAUGUACAUACAUAUUGUCUUUUUUGUUGUUCAAUUAGUUAGUAUUCUGUUCUUAAAUACAAAAAAGUUAAAUUAUUGGUUUUAUGAAAGAAUUAUGAAGUGUAGCUUGUCUCGGAAGCAGUGUUUUCGUACUUUCAUCCAUAAUAACUUGUCUAAAGCUUUUAGAAAAGUAGCAAUUUGAUUAAACAUUCAGCGACGAAAUCGUUAGAGCUUUUAUUACAAUAAGUUCACCAAGAAAUUACAACCCAGGAUUUCUGCAUCAGUUGAUUCAAGGCCACACUACGUGGUUGAUACCUGGAAAAAACAGAAGGGCGUGGGAAAACACUGAAGUGGCGUGUGUAAAUAAAUCCAUUAUUUGUUUUGACGGUUGUCAACAAUGACCUACAAUGACAUUAAUCUGGAAAUGCAGUUGUUUCUGAAAUUCAACCAUCGAAUUUGGAACGAAGCAACAGUGGACGCGAGCGCCAACGAGAAUUGAAACUUUUUCCCUUUAAUUGCACUUAAUUGCAAUUUAAUUAUU